ACACAUAAAAGAGUAGACCCACAACACUGAAACUAACUAACCACAAGCUGAGAGUAUAAAGACAAACACAAACUAAACUGGCCUGGUCUGAGUACAGAAAGUAUUUCACGCCAAACACUCAACAACAUUUUCGAAAAUAAGAAGUUUGUAAAUAGGUGUAUUCAUUUUGCAUUCGUUUUGAAGGCCAUAGAUAAUGAAAUCCUAGCAAUUAGCACAGUGGAAAAAAAAAAACCCUGGCAAAAAAGAAAAGUUCCUCAUACAUAUGUUAGCUUGACUAACUGUAUUUGUUAGUGUUUGCAUUUUUAGAUUGUACACCUUUUCUUAAAUUUUUUUUUUUCUUCUUCAUAUUUCUGUUGAUUAGCACUGAAAUGUAAUGAAAGGCCAAAGAAGAGCGUGUAAGCAUCUGUGUAAAAAUAAAUAAAUAAAUAAAAACAACUCAUGACUCCUCCUAGUAUCACACUGGCCAACAGACAAUGACACGUCUUUAGCAUUCGCUCAGUCCCUCACCACAGUGUCCCUCUUUAGGUUUCAGCCAACUGCAAGAACUUUGUGGACUCCUGUGCGUGAGAUUCUGGUUUAAACAUAGGCAAAAUAUUUGUGCACCGUUCAUAGGAGGAUAAUUAAUCAAACACUUAGUGUCCAACAUGAGCUGGAUUCUGCACUCGAUGGCUCUUCUCAGUGGACUCUUUGGUUAUGUGGCAGCAACCCAAGACUGUGGCACAUGCUAUCAGCUAAACAUGAUGGUCAUUAUUGGUAUAAUUACCUGUGAUAUAAUUCUCACACUUCUUAUUACUAUCACGGUCUACUGUUUUGCAUCACGGGAAAAAAGAAAGAAGAGCUUGCGUACACGUAAGAACUCCAGUGAGACAGACAAGGGAAAAUUUCGCCAGUCGUCAAGCAAACCAAAGGAAGUGGAAAUUACAGAGUCACCUUAUCAGGAACUAUAUGGAGUGCAGUCCGAUAUAUACAGUGAUCUUCACCAGUAUCGGAAAUAAUGCUUCUACAGGUGAUAGGAUCUCUGUCGCUUUACAUCAACAAUUUAUAAACCGACAAGGUCCAGAAUGCAAUUUUAGACAUUACUGGCCUUUCUGUAAGUCUGUUACUUUGAAUUUUUGACUUUUGAAAUAUUAAAUGUUUUGUCAGUGUGUGCCUGAGACAGCAGGUGUGAUUGGGCCAGAAAGCCUAGCGGUCACAGCUGAGAAAUCAGGAAGUAAAUAUGCAAGCCAGAUAUAGAUCAUAUGAACAUUGGCUUUUUUAAUAUUAGUAAUCCUUAUGUUCAUCUAACUUUAAUUUUUAUGUAUGAGGUAGCCGAAUAUGUAUCUAACAUAAACCACUGUAGCAAUGUUUGUAUAAAAUAUCUAUACAAAGGAUUAAAAACAUUUGUUGAAGAGAAACAAAGUGAUGUUUUCCAAUGCCUCACAGACGCUGUUAUAAAGAGAGCUGAAGAGAAGUGAGGAGAGCUAAAUUGGUACUUCCCUACCAAGAACAAUUUUGUGCCAGGACACAAAUCAGCACAUGAUUAUGAUUCAAGGAAACAUUAUGUCUGAAGUAAGCAAAGGAGACACAACGAAAAACAGUAAUCACACAGCCAUGCUUUGAUAUAUCAAAGUACAGUGCCCUCGACUAAUAUUGGCACCCUUGGUAAAUAUAAUAAUAAUAAUAAUAAUAAUAAUAACAUGUUUAAUUUAUAUAGUGACUUUCCAGAGCAAGGAAGGCUGUGAAAAAUUGUUUUUAUUUGUAAAAAUUUGUCUUUUGAUUGCAAUUAUUUGAUAUCUAUGAGUAUUUUUUUUUUUUUUUAACAAAAGUUCAAAAGGUUAAACAAUAAAGACAAUUUUUUUUGGACAAUAUUAGUGGAGGGCAGUGUAUAUGAACCAAUAUAUAAAACAGAAUGUUGUGUUCUGUGAAUAAACAGAACAGAGUCAAUGAUCUCUUCUUGGAGUAUCACACUACUGGGGUUAUUUAAUAAAUCAACAUUAUGGAUUGCUGCUCUAUUUUUCCUUCUUAGAUAUUAUAAGAAAUUUUUGACAUGAAGCAGAAUUGGAACACGGUGAUUAACGCUCUGGGUUUCUACAUUUAUAUUUAUAAGCAUUUAGCAGAAUCCCUUAUGCAGAUAAUGCUUUGUAUUCUCCAUCAAAAACAUAUCCUCAUGAUAGUAAAUAGCCCAGGGUUUAAGAAUACCAAGUUCAUUAAUUCAUUCAUUCAUUCAUUCAUUCAUCUUCAGUCACUGCUUUAUCCUGGUCAGGGUCAUGGUGGAUCCGGAGCCUAUCCUGGGAAUGCUGAGCACAAGGUGGGGGUACACCCCGAAUGGGACACCAGUCCACUGCAGGACACCAUGAACAUUCACACACCAAGGGGCAAUUUAACCAAUCCACCUACUGGAAUGUUUCUGAGAGGUGGGAGGAAAUUGGAGACCCCAGAGGAAACAAACAUGAAGAACAGAAACACCACACAAACAGUAACCUAAGCUUAGGAUCAAACAGUUUCUUUUUUUUUUUUAAUGGCUUGCUUACUUGCUUGCUUGCUUGCUUAUUUAUUUAUUUGUUUGUUUGUUUGUUUGUUUGUUUGUUUGUGAAUGAAUGAAUGAAUGAUUUAUUUAUUAGUAGCUGUUUAUUGCUUGUUUAGUGAAGUGGGUCUUCAGGCUUUAUUUGAAGAUUGCCAAGGGACGUUCAUUCCACCACCUGGGUGCCAUGAUAGAGAAGAGUAUUGAGAGAUGGAGGGUCAAGUCGAGCAGUGCUACACGCUUGAAGAGAUCACGGUGUUUAAUAAGUGCCUUCAGUUAUGUGGGUGCUGGUCUGUGUUUGGCUUUGUAGACAAGAAUCAAUGUUUUAAAUUUGAUGUUGGAAGCUGUAGGAAGUUAGUUAGGGAACACAGUAGUUGAGUGAUCUGGGAGUAUUUUUGAGAGAAAGCAGAGCAUGCAGAGGUCAAAACCACCAGGCUGUCAGUGCUGAGCAAGCCCCUCAACCCUCUACUGCUCAGCUCAACUGUAAGUCACUUUGAAUGAAAGCAUUUGCCUAAAGAAUAACUGUAAAUGUAAAUGAAGGUUUAUUUGCAUCAGACUUCAACAAAGGCCUCUAAACAUAUUUUGGAUAACAGUGAGGGUAAUGUUUCCAAGUUACUGAUGUCAAAAAGAAUUCACAUUUAGGAUGAAGUAUCAAGAGUUAUUUUGUGGAAGUACCACCACUUUUAGAGGUGGUUUUUUUUCUUAUUCUUUUUUUAUUGUGUUGGUGUGGACGUCUGAAUUGUGUACCUUAUCUUCUUUGAUUACAGUCCAGGUUGUUGAAUAAAUCACCUGUGUGCAGUAUUUUGAAAUUCAAAUAUGAAUCAAAAGGGUUUUGUUUUUUUGUUUUUUUUAAACAUAAGAGUAACAAACUAAUGUAGCAAAAAUUGGUUGGUUUUCUGUUUAUAUGCAGUCAUCGUGACGUGACACGACAUGCCCUUUUCCAAGGUAGUGGAUGAUGAGAACCACUAUUUAUACAGUUUUCAAUUGUAUAGUUUUAUUUUUUUUAUUUUUAUUUAAACAUUUUUAAAAAUGCAUUAUUGUAGCUGCUUGUAUCAUACAAUGUAUCAUAAAAAAGACCUCAGUAGGUUUUAAUUUUGCAUUUAAUAAUGGUUCUUAAUAUUAAAAGUAACUCAAAAAGUGAAACUGAGUGCUAUUAACACAUAGGGAGUGACUGUACAAUGGCAGUUUUGCCACAUGAGGGAGACAUGAGUCUGUUAAAGAAGCUUAACCUGGUCCCAAAGCACAUUUUUGCUCAAUUAAUGAAGUUGUUCCAACCUCGCUGUCCUGGAAAUCUCUUAAAUAUGGUGGGAUCCCCCAGGACUAGGGUUGGGGACCAGUGAAUUAGUUGACAACCUGAAGAAAAAAAAGGCUUGUGACAGACCGGGAGUGCACCCGAGGUAAUCACUUAAUCAAAUAUCAGUGGUGUGCUCAAUGGUUUAGAAAAUCCCUGAUGUGCCCAUGAGACAUUUUAGCUCUCUGCUUGAUAAAAUCGUUGAUCUUUUCUGAGAUUUCUUUCCUGCAAAGCCACUCAGUUUUAUUAGACUACAUUCUAUAGAAAGUCAAAAAAAAAACCUGUAUUUUUUCAUGUAUGUGGAUAGUUGAUAUACGGAUACGAACCAGUGAGAUAAUUUCACUCUCUCACCUGGUACUAUGAGCCAGAGGUCAACACUAUCUGCUGCAAAAUUAUUGCCAACUUGGAUGAAAAUCAAAACACAUAUAAGUCCGAAACACUAAAACACGUACUUUUUACAACAGAGAUUAUCACAAAGCAACUUUACAUAAAUCAAUUUCCUGACCCAGUAAUUUAGCAGAGGACAACACUGGCAAGGAGAAAUGAGUAAUUAUCUAAUCUGGUUUCAUCCUCAUAUCCACAGUUUAUCAGUUUGUGUGUUGCUGCUUUAUUGGAAUGAUGAGAACGUAGGGUUAGGGUUAGGUUCUGUAGGAAGGUAGGAAGUUCUGUAUUACAUCAUGGCAGGUUUAGAAGGUCAGGAAGAAAGUUUCAUGUUAAUGAGACCAGUUAGGGACUAUGAGAAUUAGGGAUUUCAUUUUUAUCAGAUAUAUGAUUAUAAACAUCCACGUGAGGUCAUUUCUAAAAUGUUUCAUCGAUGCUCAAACAGGAGGAACAUUGGUGGUGCCAUGUCAGCAUUGCACAUUGAAAUAGAUUGUUGGGUAUUUUGUAUUUAACAAUACUUAGAUUAAUUUUUAAAGUAUACAUACUUAAAGAACCAUCAUGCCUCCUCCACCCACCGACCCCCCCAACCGAGGGCGAAACUGAAGAAUAAGUAAGAGUGUUUUUUUUGUUAUUAUUAAUUGUUUGUACUAAUAAACAACAUUCAAUUUGCCAUCAGUAGUGGUUCCACAAUGAGACUAAGAUAGAGGAAGAGUGGAUGACGGAUAUCUGCUCUCUUGAAUUCCCUCACUAUACAGCUCGGAGAAAUGGCUUCUAACAAGUUAUGUAUAGUGUUUCCGACACAUGGGUGAAACAUGGAGCUGGGUGCACCACCCAUGUAUGGGAAACCCUGUAAUUUCUCCAUUUCUCCGAGCUGUAUAGUGAGGGAAUUCAAGAGAACAGAUAUCUGUCAUCCAUUCUUCCUCUAUCUCAGGAUCAUACUGAAGAUCCAAGUAUAUUUAAUUCUAUCAAAUAUUAUAUGUAUAUUCCCAUUCUAAGAAAACAAAGCAAUUUAUUUCCAACCUCACAGUGACAUAAAUGCAGCACGGGGUCAGAGGGAGGGCGAAGGAGAAAGAAAUAUAUAUCUUCUCUGUGGCAAACCC